AUGGCCGCCGUUUCCAUCUCCCCUUACCACCCAACAUCCAAACCACCCAAACCCACCUUCCCGGCUCUCUUCUCCCAGAGGCUCAACCCUUACACCUUCGGCGCCGUCCUCCUCCUCUGCUUCUCCUCCUACUUCCUCGGCGUCUGGCACCACGGCCACGGCGGCGGCGGAGCAACGUCGGCGACCAACCUCGUCUCCAUCAUCCCCUGCGCCCCCGCCACCACCACCGCAGCCCAGAUCAACACCCCCGGCGGAAAAGCCCUCGACUUCACCACCCACCACGCCGCCAAAGGCGGCGGCGGGGGAACCGCUGCCGGCGGUCCCACCGCGAAGAGAAAUUUCCCACCGUGCGCCUCCAACUUCAGCGAGUACACUCCGUGCGAGGACAGGAUCCGGUCGCUGCGGUUCAAACGGGACCGGCUGAUUUACCGGGAGCGCCACUGUCCGGCGAAGGAGGAGAUCGUGAAGUGCCGGGUCCCGGCGCCGUUCGGGUACAGAAACCCGUUCACUUGGCCGGCGAGCAGGGAUUACGCGUGGUUCGCUAACGUGCCGCACAAGCACCUCACGGUGGAGAAGGCGGUGCAGAAUUGGAUUAGCUACGAGGGCGACCGGUUCAGGUUCCCCGGCGGUGGGACCAUGUUCCCCGACGGCGCGGACAAGUAUAUUGAUGACGUCGGGAAAUUGAUCAAUCUCAAGGACGGGUCCAUUAGGACCGCCGUCGAUACCGGCUGUGGGGUGGCAAGCUGGGGAGCGUAUCUUCUAUCCCGCAACAUCUUAACGAUGUCGUUUGCCCCGCGGGACACCCACGAAGCACAGGUCCAGUUCGCGCUGGAACGUGGAGUUCCCGCCAUGAUCGGCGUCCUCGCCUCCAAGCGGCUUCCUUACCCUUCCCGGGCCUUCGAUAUGGCCCACUGCUCUCGCUGCCUUAUCCCUUGGGCCGAAUCCGAAGGGCAGUAUCUGAUGGAAGUGGACCGGAUCCUACGGCCCGGAGGCUACUGGAUCCUGUCCGGCCCACCAAUCCGCUGGAAGAAAUACUGGAAAGGCUGGGAGAGGUCACAGGAGGACUUGAAAUCCGAACAGGACAAAAUCGAAGCCGUCGCCAAAAGUCUGUGCUGGAAGAAGUACGUGGAGAAAGGCGACAUCGCCAUCUGGCAGAAACCGCUCAACCAUUUCGGCUGCAGCAAAUCCAGCCGCGGCAACUUCUGCCCGGCUGCCCAGGACGCCGACAAGGCCUGGUACACGAAACUCGAGACCUGCGUGACGAACCUGCCGGAGGUGUCGGCGGAGGAGGAACAGGUCGCCGGCGGGAAGCUGGCGAAAUGGCCGCAGAGGCUGACGUCGGUUCCUCCGAGGAUCAGUCGAGGGACGGUCAAGGGCGUGACGGCGGAGAGCUUCCAGAAGGACACGCAGCUGUGGAAGAAGAGGGUGGCGUACUACAAAACCGUGAAUAACCAGCUGGACCACGCCGGAAGGUACAGGAACCUUCUGGACAUGAACGCCGGUCUGGGUGGGUUCGCGGCCGCGAUGGUUAAGGACCCGGUUUGGGUCAUGAACGUGGUCCCGGUCCACUCGAUCAACACGCUGGGAGCGGUUUACGAGCGUGGGCUCAUCGGGACGUAUCAGAACUGGUGUGAAGCAAUGUCGACUUACCCGAGGACUUACGAUCUCCUCCAUGCAGACAGGCUGUUCACCCUCUACGAUGGCAGAUGUGAAAUGGAGGACAUAUUGUUGGAGAUGGAUAGGGUUCUGAGGCCAGAAGGGGGUGUAAUUCUGAGGGACGAUGUGGAUAUGCUGGUGAAGAUAAAGAAAAUUACUGAUGGGUUAAAAUGGGAGAGUAAAAUUGUGGACCAUGAAGAUGGGCCUUAUGAGAGGGAGAAGCUUCUUUUUGCAGUCAAGUCUUACUGGACUGCUCCUGCUGGUUCUCAGCUCACCUAG